AUGGACAGAAUCUGGAUUUCACCAGAAGGGCAGCAGUUCCGGAGCCGCAAAGCGGCCGUGCAGAAUGGAUUCAAGGUGGUGGUGGUGGUGCUGGUGGUGGCGCUGGUGCUGGUGCUGGUGCUUGUGCUGGCGGCGUUGGUCGCUGCUCGUCGCUCGGCCGUUCCGUCCUUCCUCAACGGCAUCGUGCAGGACCAGCGGCGCCUUGGCUUUGGGUACUUUGAGAACUUCUUGACGGACCUGGCGGGUCUUGGUUUUGGGGCAGACGGCUGGGUGGUUCGGCUGCCGUUUCUGCUGGUGCGGCAGACGGUGGGGGGUUACCAAGUGCUCCCGACGGGGCACCUGCGCCGGUGGUUCAGGAGAAGCCAAGUGCUCCUGACGGGGCACCUGCUUCAUUUGCAACUUGAAAUUAGCCAAGUGCUCCUGCUGGGGCACCUGCGCCGGUGGUUCAGGAGAAGCCAAGUGCUCGAGACGGGGCACCUGCGCCGGUGGUUCAGGACGGUGAGGAGAAGCCAAGUGCUCCUGCUGGGGCACCUGCGCCGGUGGUUCAGGACUGUGUUUCGUUUGCACUUGAAACUGGUGGCGCUCACCGCGCAGGACGGUGAGGAGAAGCCAAGUUCUCGCGACGGUGCUGCUGCACCGGUGGUCAAGGACAGCGAGAAGAAGCUUAGCCUUCACUAUGGCGCUCCGCAGGACUGCGCAGGGGAACAAGAUGAGGCGCUGGCGCGCACCCCGGGCAAGAGACUCCUUGAGCCUCAGAGUUCGCCUGAGAAGUCCGCGCAGCCUUGCUGGGAACGGCGGCUGCGUUUGAAGACAAAGGUCGAGCUGACUGUGCCACCAGAGCUUCUGAAAGAGAUAAGGGACGCUGAAGAGUGGUUUGGCCAUGGAGAGCAAGGCAACCCUUUGGGCAAGUCUUACGGGCGUGAGGGCCUGACGCUCGAGCAGAGAAAUUGGCUGAAGAAGAAGGUGACGCAGGAGAGGUGGAGCGUGCUGGCGCCGGAGAAGAAGCAGUGGCAAGCGCGUGGCAAGCCCGAGAGCCUGCCGUUGAACUGCCAGAUCCUCAAGGCCCAGCACAGCCAGAAGAUUAUUGAUAUCCUGGAAGGCUUCGCCUCUGCGCAAGAUGCAGCUACAGUGCUGGCCAGAUCAGUUGCAGAGUUGCAGAAAUGGCCGAAUUUUGCUGACGCAGUCAGGGCCCAGAUGCCUGCUGCGCCAGCACCGGACGACUGCAGUCAGCGCGAGCGUCUUUUGACUGGUCUUGCUGCAACGCCUGGCUUCGAGGUCAACACUCCAGCGGGCCCAUGCCGCCAAGCGCGAGACCACAUCGAUCGAGUUGUGCGGGACACGUUCGAGGAUCGAGACAAGGUGCUGAGGUUGGGUUACCGUUGCGGCAAGGCACGAUGGUCCAAUGCGUCUGCAGAGCCAGGAGAAGCUGUUCUGAAGCGGGGCGGGCGACCGUCUAAAGUGAACGACCCUGCCUUGGUUGCAGCUGCCCGCGCGAAGUUCAGCCAAGAGUCCUCGCAGAUAUGCAAAGAUGUCUCUGGCGACUGGACGGUGAGCCGGACUUCGACUCGCAUGGCGAACACGAUCUUCGAGAGCACUGUGCUGCCAAUGAUGCAGAAAAUCAUGGGUGAGCAGCGGCAGCAAUUGGAGACCAUGAUGCCGGAGUACUUUGCUGCCUGGGACACCUAUGCAGCAGUCCGCGAUAUUGCGGACCGGCCUGCGGUGGUGCUGCAGGAGCUGGAGCAUUACAUCUCUCGACACGUCGAGAAGCACCCUUGCAGGAAGCACCGGGGCACAGACUUUCCGUGCGGCCAACACGCGCUACGUGCCCGCGGGGGCAGCUUUCCCCAGAGGCGCCGGGUGGAGUUGCACGGACUUGAAGCAGCGUGUGGUCUAGAGCUCCGCUCAGUUCUGAAACUGGUGCUUAGCUACAACCACCACAAAGCUGCCAACGAGCAUCAGUCGCCGGUUCUGAGAGAGUUGCAAAUUGCGCCACCAGAGAAGACUUUGUCCGUGCUCUCAGACUGGAAGGAGUUGAUCUCACUUCCCAUCUCGCAUUGCGCUUCUGGAGAGCAGUUUUACGCAACGGCAAGGAUGGAGAUCAGCGCUUGGGGCGCUUGUGUUGCGGACCACCGGGCAGGUCAGCCAGUUUCUUUAACGUACUGCUUGGUGAUCAGCAAUAUCCUGGACCACACAUGCCUCAGAACAAACCAGCUGCUGGAUAUGGUGCUUUCCAGGCAAAGGGGCGAGCCAAGUGUCGACCGCGUUGCUCUGAUUUCGGACCCUGGCCCGCACUACAGAGCGUACGAGAGCCUUUUUACCACCACUGCGUCACUAUGGUGCGUGCGUGGCAAUGCGAAGUGCAGGUCUUACUGCUUCUCCUCCAAGUUGGACACUCGGGAAAAGCCAACGCCGUUGGGCGUUCGGAUCUUCAACCAUGUGUUUAGCUCCAUGCCAGUUUCGGUGGAGAUUGACGACUUUGUCGUGGAAGAUUGUGAACUCCCUGCCGACUGGAUCCUCUUCUACUUCCAGCUCGUCCACCGAUUCGAGCUCGUCAUCCUAGUCUGUGUGGAUCUUACCUCCAAGGAGCGCGUGGUGAAGUUUGAGGCGUCACCAAAGGCGACGCCAAAACCUCUGGGCUUGGAGAACGAGGAGCCACGUUUCGUUUUUCCUGACUCGCAGGCGGCAACUUUGACUGGACCCGUUCCCUCUCCCGGGCAGGACAGGGCGUCGGAGACUUUGGCGCGACCCGCUUCGCCUGAGGAUGCUUCGCAGGAUCCCGAGGGCGAAAGGCUGCGCUUGGCCCUUGCGCGCCUCGAAGAGGCGCAGGAGGCGCUCGCAGCUGAGAGGGUGGCGCGGAGCAGUGCGGAAGCGGAGGCGAAGAAGGCGGAGAAGGAGCUUCGGGUUCUGCGACGGAGGCACCAGGAGUCAAGCCUGGAGGUGAAGUUGCGGAGGCGCCGUGAGGAUGCGGAGCUGCUCCGGAACGCCUGGCAGGCCUGGGGCGAUCUCAAGAUGCAGGCCAAGGAGAACGAGAAGCCGGAGGCUGACAGCCAACGCUACGAGCUAGAAGCUGAGAAAGCUUUCGUGCAGACCUAUCUGACUAUCCGUGUCGGCAGCCCCGCGCCCGCUUUUGCGCAGAAGCAGGAAAUGGCCAACUCCUUCCACUCCCAGAGGUCCCGGACUUUGCAUUGGGACGAGCUCGGCUACGAGAUGCAGGAUGUUCGGAGCUGGAAGUCUCGAGGACUUCGCGCAAGAGGCAUCCCUGCUGUGUCUUUGCCACAGCAGUGUGAGCGACAUUGA